CCCGGAUGUGAAUAUAUACUGCUGUCACACUAGAGUUCGCACCACACAAACACAUUCAUCAUGAAUCUGGCUAAAGCUCUUGUAGAGGAAGUGGUGAAGCAGGAAGUGAGACAUGAGGUGGAGGGUUCCUUUGGGCAUGGACAUCACAUGAUGGGUCAUGGCCACCAUCAUGGACAUCAUCAUCACGGACAUAACGAACCGUAUCCAGGAUAUGGGCCGGUACUCGUACAGCCUCAAGUGCCCGUAUAUGGACCCGGAUACGUACAGCCUCCAGGAUACGGAUACGCACCUGCAAUGGUACAGCCACAAGUACCAGGAUACGCACCAGGAUACGUACAGUAUCAAGGAUAUGCACCCGAAUACGGACAUCACCACGGACACCAUCAUGGGCAUCAUCAUGGACACCAUCAUGGGCAUCAUCAUGGACAUCACUGAGUCUGACAUCACUGAUACAGGGCUGAAGACAUCAGUUUGGAUCGGGGCUUGUUAUCCUACUUUAAGUCAAAAGUCUUAAAGUUUUAGUCAAAAAAAAAACUAACUACAUUGCACAUGCUUUUUCUCUAGCAUUGGUUUUCUAUUUUGGGCUUCAUGGUAACUCUUAAAUUAGGAUACCCUGUGUGAUCCCGUCCUUUAAACUGUUAUAUUUCUAUUAGUCAAACUGUUGCAUGUUUUCAGUUUCUAUGCAAUUGAUGUGAGUUUCAUGAACUCUUUGUGUUUAAAAGCCAUUAAAUUGCAUGUAGCACAUUUUAAAUUAUUUUAUGGUUGUUAGACAGUAUGUCAUAUUAUUAUUUGCCAAUAAAAAGUUACCUCAAAAUGAA